GGCGGCGGAGGGAGCGGGAGCGCCGCGGGACGCUGGGCCGGAGCCCGCAGGGACAGACGACCGGGGAGUCAGAAGAUACGCACCCGACAAGAAUGGGCCGAGCCUUUUCGUAGAGGCGCGCCCGGGAUCACACGCCGUCGUCUCCCGCCGGACGUGGAAAUCGGAGGAAGCUCUGGGGAUCGUGACGCGGCUCACCGGGAUGUUCCCUCGGUGAGGCGUCGAUGGACGCGUCCUCGAUUCUCUCUUCCCCUGCCUGACUUUGGAGGCGGGAGACCGGGUGAAGGAAGGCCAGAGAAAACAGGGGUGAUGCAGAGGAGUGCUCGGCUCGGAUCUCGGAACAUGGGCCCUCGUUUAAAGCUCUGAUCCUCGGCUCUCUGUCUUCACUGAAGGGACCUGAUGUUUUACGUUAUUGGUGGAAUCACAGUGUCUGCGGUCGCCUUCUUCUUCACCAUUAAGUUCCUCUUCGAGCUCGCCGCGCGCGUAGUCAGCUUCCUCCAGAAUGAAGACCGGGAACGCCAGGGGGACCGGACCAUUUAUGACUACGUGCGGGGAAACUACCUGGACCCUCGGUCCUGCAAAGUCUCCUGGGAUUGGAAGGAGCCCUUUGAGGUGGGCCGCAGCAUGGCCUUCAGAGUGCAUUUGUUCUAUAAGAACGGGCAGCCCUUCCCCGCUCAGCGGCACGUGGGGCUCCGGGUACACAUCUCCCACGUGGAACUAGCGGUGGAUAUUCCAGUCACCCAGGAAGUGCUCCAGGAGCCCAACUCCAACGUCAUAAAGGUGGCCUUCACCGUGCGCAAAGCCGGGCGCUACGAAAUCUCGGUGAAACUCGGUGGAUUAAACGUGGCCUACAGCCCCUACCACAAAGUCUUUCAGCCAGGGAUGGUGGUUCCUUCCAAGACGAAAAUCGUGUGCCACUUCUCCACCCUCGUGUUGACCAUCGGGCAGCAGCACACUCUGCAGAUCGUUCCCCGGGACGAGUACGACAAUCCCACCAGCAACUCCGUGUCCCUCAUAGACGAGCACAAUUACAGCUUAACCAUCCACGAGCUCGGUCCCCAGGAAGAGGAAAGCCCCGGAGCCUGGUUUGAGACGUCGGUGACGUCCAACCGGCAGACGUGCCAGGUACUGGUGCGGCUCACCGUCAACCGUCAGGGCUGUUUCCAGGCCUGCAUCUCCUACCAAAACCAGCCCAUCAGCAACGGCAAGUUCGACAUCAUUGUCCUAAGCGAGAACGAGAAGAACAUCGUGGAACGCAACGUGUCCACCUCAGGAGUCAGCAUCUACUUCGAGGCUUAUCUUUAUAAUGCCAGCAACUGUGCCAACGCCCAGUGGCAUCUGCCCCCUAUGCACAUGAGCUCUUCCCAGCGCCGUCCUUCCACCGCCACAGAGGAGGAGGAGGAAGAUUCUCCCUCGGACAGCCAGACGCCGGAGAAGGUCAAGAAACCCAAAAAGGUGUACUGCUACGUAUCACCCAAGCAAUUCUCCGUGAAGGAAUUCUACCUGAAGAUCAUCCCUUGGCGUCUCUACACCUUCCGAGUGUGUCCGGGGACGAAGUUUUCCUACCACGGACCCGACCCUGUGCAUAAGCUGCUGACGUUGGUGGUCGACGACGGGAUUCAACCCCCCGUGGAGCUCAGCUGUAAGGAAAGGAACAUCCUAGCAGCCACUUUCAUCCGCUCCCUCCAUAAAAACAUAGGAGGCUCCGAGACCUUCCAGGACAAGGUGAACUUCUUCCAGCGCGAGCUGCGACAGGUCCACGUGAAGAGACCUCACUCCAAGGUCACGCUGAAGGUCAGCCGAUACUCCUUGUUGGACUCGUCUCUGAAAGCCACUCGGAAUUUCUCCAUCUCCGAUUGGAGCAAGAACUUUGAAGUGAUCUUCCAAGACGAGGAAGCUCUCGACUGGGGAGGGCCUCGCCGGGAGUGGUUCGAGCUCAUCUGCAAAGCCCUGUUUGACACCACCAAUCAGCUCUUCACCCGCUUCAGUGAUAACAACCAGGCUUUGGUGCAUCCCAACCCCAACCGUCCUUCCCACCUCCGGCUGAAGGUCUACGAGUUUGCGGGCCGGCUCGUGGGCAAGUGCCUCUACGAGUCGUCUCUGGGAGGAGCUUACAAGCAGCUGGUGCGGGCCCGCUUCACCCGCUCUUUCCUGGCCCAAAUGAUAGGGCUCCGAAUGCACUAUAAGUACUUCGAGACUGACGACCCCGAGUUCUAUAAAUCCAAAGUCUGCUUCAUCCUGAACAACGACAUGAGCGAGAUCGAGCUGGUGUUCGCCGAGGAAAAAUACAACAGAUCGGGCCAGCUGGAUAAGGUUAUAGAGCUGAUGGCCGGUGGGGCUCAGACCCCAGUCACCAACGAGAACAAGAUCUUCUAUCUAAAUCUGCUUGCCCAGUACCGGCUGGCCAGCCAGGUGAAAGAGGAGGUGGAACACUUCUUGAAAGGCCUCAACGAGUUGAUCCCCGAAAACCUCUUGGCUAUUUUUGACGAGAAUGAGCUGGAGCUACUGAUGUGCGGUACUGGAGACAUCAGCGUCUCGGACUUCAAGACUCACGCAGUGGUGGUGGGAGGCUCCUGGCAUUUCCGCGAGAAGGUGAUGCGGUGGUUCUGGACCGUGGUGUCCAGUUUCACCCAAGAGGAGUUGGCCCGGCUGCUUCAGUUCACCACGGGCUCGUCGCAGCUGCCCCCGGGAGGCUUUGCGGCCCUCUGCCCUUCAUUCCAGAUCAUCGCGGCCCCCACCCACAGCACGCUCCCCACCGCACACACGUGUUUUAACCAGCUGUGCCUCCCUACGUACGACUCGUACGAAGAGGUUCACAGGAUGCUGCAGCUGGCCAUCAGCGAGGGCUGCGAGGGCUUCGGCAUGCUCUGACCCCCCACCCCGGCCCACCUCCCUCCCGGACCACGGGCACGGACCCCUCCCUCGGGCCCCCCCCUCGCCCGCCCUCCCGGAGUCGGUCAUCCUGCCGCCCAGUCCAGCUACUCCCCUCCCCCUCGCCCACUGCAGCCCCUCAGGGGCAGUACGCAGGCGGCCCACGUCGCGGGCGGAGGCGUCGUCCCCUCACCGGGUCCGUCGUGGCUCAGAGCGUCGGGGGCCUUGCUAGUCCGGGGGUCCGUGGCCGCCCUGGGGGGGCGAUGGGGGAGCCCGAGGCUCAGAGCUCCCCCGGAGACCUGGCUUGCUGGAAGCCUUAAUACCCGUCCGAUGCCUUCCUGCUCCGGCCCCCGGGGAACCCCCUCCCCACCGCCGCCCCCGGAAUCCCAACGCUUCUCAUCCGGUGGGUCGGGCAGGCCCUUUCUCGGUGGUGGACGGGAGGCCGCUAUCAGCUCAGGAGCCGGACCCGUGUUUUGUCCCCUUCCGACUCCCCGUGGCGAGCUCCGGCCACGGCACUGUUCUACCUCCAACGGGGACUGGGAACGGGAAGCCCCCCCACACCCGUCCACCUCUCUCACGGGAGCAGCGGGUUUGGGCCGGGAGACCGGGAGAGGGGCUUCAGAAGCGGAGCGUUUGGGGCUACUUGCAUCCCAGCCGGGCGCAGAGGAGGAAAUGAGUGAGAAACGUGAAAUCGAGUGGGCCUGUGACCGUGGGAGCGGGCCUGACCGCCCAGCUCGACCCCCGUAGAAACCAAAACGGCCAGUUGGCCCCGAGGCUCCCGACGACGGGCGUUAAAUCCGUCUUUUCCCCGAGGUACAACGGAGGCAGCUGGGUCAGGCCAGCUGCCUCAGACUAAACAUCCUGCAGCGUCCGGGGGCUUCCCUCUUUCGCGUGGCCCCGAGAGGUACCUCUUGUCCCGGAGAAGGAUACUAUAGAAAGGGCAUCCCGUAGGCUGGGUCGCUCUCGUCCAGGAUUCCCCCGGUGAGCCUUUUCCCUGCGGAAAAUCAGAACGGGGACCUCGGGUCCGACGCCGCUGACGGGUCUGGGUUCUGCCUCCUCGUAGUCCUCUCCCCGACCCGGAAUCGCUCGUUCCGGGGCGGCGGACCCCGGCCGGGCUCCGGCCCGCGGGGAUCAAAUGCCAGGAGCCGGGAGAGGAGGCCGGGUUUCUACCUGGGGACGACCUGCUGCGGUAGCAGUCGGGAACCCCCUCCCGGCGAAUGCGUCCCCUCAGUUCCCGGCUCUCGACCAAGCGACGGAAGGGGUCGGGAGGCUCGUGAAUGAGCAAAGCCCGAGGGGAAAGAAGUGGUCGACGUCUCUCGCGGGACGGCUGCACGCUUCCUCCCGGUCUGUCCGGGAAAGCGCCGUUGCCCCCCGGAAGGGAAUUGAGGGAGAAAGCGGCCCUUUCCCGGAAGGCUUUGCCGCGAGCCCCACUUCCAGAGCGGUGUUCAGCGCUGAGAAUCUCACAAGCCAUGUUCGUUGCCAAAAAGAAAAGCGAAAAAGCCCAGCCGCGGGGCCGAACGCUCGGGAGCCACGAGGCGGCCUCUCGGCCUCCUCGGACGGUCGGGACCGUCCGCGGCCCCCGGGGAACGGGAGGAGCGGACGCUCCCGGCUUCCGGGGCCUCGGGCGGUCCUUUCCGCCGUGGCCGUCCCUUUCCCUUGGCCGGUGGGCGGGGGGCCGGGGUCUGAAAGCCUUAAAAGCCCACGGGGAUCCUCCGGGCCGCAGUUGGCCUGCUUUCCUCAGGGACCAGGAAAAGGGUGCUGCUUUUUGCCUAAUCUUCUGGUGAGACACAUGCAGGUUAGACCCGUCGCUCCCCCGCAGAAGAAAAAAAAACUCUUCAUCCCUCAGGCCCAGGAAGGGGCCUCUGGCCUUGUGAUGGCGGACCGGCUGUCCCGUCUUCCUGUGGCCGGCCCCUCCUUCCCUCCUCCCCCCCGACCCCAGUCCAGCUGCCUGUCGGUCCAGCAGCUGUCGGACCCAAGUGUGAAGCCUCUCGCUUUCGGCUCUAAUGGUACGGCGGAGGGGACGCCCCCGGAGCGGGCGUCCGGAGCCCAGUGUCUUCGGGGAGUCGAAACCCCUGGGUUGUGGCCCGGUUCCAGAAGCUUCCGGGUCGGCGGCGCCGGUGCCCCGGCCCUGAAUGGAAAGAACCUAGGCCCCUUUUGACGUGCCCCGGUGUGGAACCCUCGGUGGGGGGCUUUGGGGGGCCGCUCAGGGGCACUCGGUAGAGCUUCUUCGGCCGUCUUUUCCUAGUCUUUUAGGCACUCCGGUACUCUUAUUUAUAACUAAGGCUCUUUAGGACUGUGGGAGCCGGUCAGCUGGACUCCCGGACUCCUGACGUGCCGCCAACCCUGGGCUCGUCGGCCCCGGCCCGCCCGGCAAGGGGGAAGGGGGCUGCGGGUCUCGGGGGUCCGCACCUCACGGCCCCCUUCCCCCCAGCCCCGCGCACACACACACACACACACACACACACUCCCCCGGACAGGACUCAGCCACCCCCCUUCCCCCCCCGACGGGCGAAGGAGCCGACUGUGUAAAUAGUUUGUAUAAUAAAUAAAGAUAUAAAAGAAAGA